CUUUCCGUUUCCCGCCUCCCCCAACCGCAUAGAAUGGCCGGCUCCGGCGGCUCUCCCGACGCCGACGAUCCCAAUUGCGGCGGAGCUGGGGCUGAGCCCUCCAGGACUCCUCAAGAAUCCGACGACCUCUACUCCGCGCCCGCCUCCCUUCUCAGCACUCGCCCGUCCGGUCAGCCCCCGGGGACUUCGGUCGUCGCCAACGAGGGCUCCGCCUCGUCCUCCGCCUGGGGAUCUGAUGACGACGACGAGCCCACAGACAGGUACAAGAACCCCGCCUCCGUUUCCUUCCUCUUGGGACCGUCGAGCAGAACCAUGGGAGCGUCAUCCUCCUCCUCCUUCUCCUCGGACAGCUGGAUCGGCAGCGACCGUACGUGCGGCGGCGCCUCGACCUCCAGCUCUCUGGACGCCUCCAACUACAGGGAUCUCUACAGGGAUCCACCCUCUGAGUGGAUGUAUAAUCAGAUUCUGGAAGCUCCUUUUUGGAGUCACGAGGCAUGUGAUGCUGUGAGGGCUUCUUGGAGAAACGAGUACGAGGCUUGUGAUGAUUUUUCUAUGGUUUUGCAGACAUCACAAAAUGGCUGCAAAAAAAUUCUUCAAAAGGAACCUUUAUCAUCUCUACCGCAUGAGUUUGAAAACGAAAUUAUGAAAGAUAAGGCAAAAAAGCUUUCGGCUAAUUACUCUGAAUAUCGGAAAGUACCUGGAGACGGGAGUUGCUUUUACAGAUCGUUCAUAUACUCAUACUGUACACUAGUAUCUUGUUGCUAAAUUUCUUCCAGUUCUGCACCUUAAAGUUCUUGGUGCUUGGUGAUGCUUACAUUUUGUCCCUUGGGUCUUUAGGAGCAGCUUGUGAAAGUAUCUCACGAGGAGGAGCUACGUUUACUUGGUGCACUUGAACCUAUGUGGGAGAAGUUCCAAAGGCUUCAUUUGCCCGGUUCAUAUUCAGAUCUUCGUGAUGCUUUUGUGGGCUUUAUACAGGAAUGUAUGGAACAAAAACAAAAACUGUCAGUAAGUGCCUAUCAGGAGUGGCUUUUCCAGGAGAGUCAAAAUGAGCAGAAGUUUGUGAACAUACUUUUGUAUCUUCGACUUGUGACAGCUAUUGAGAUAUGCACUGAGGUUGAACAGUUUAAGGCAUUCAUAAUCGACCUUGAUCAAGGAAAGCCCGAUGCAACAAAGUACUGCCUGGAGGAGGUUCUCCCAGUGGAGGAAGAUGCACAACAAGUGAAUCUCACUGCGCUCACCAAUUCCUACAGGUGCCACUUCGAGUUGUUAACAUUGACGUUUCACCGAUUGAGGAGCCUAACAUCCACAUCAUCUACGAGUCACCAGAUUCCUCGGUUCCUACUGUGACACUACUUUAUAGACCAGGGCAUUAUGAUAUCAUCUACGAGAAGUCAUAGCUGUAGAUUGUAGUAACAGAUAUCAUAUGACAUGUUGCGGGAGAGUUGCUGGCCGCGUUGCGAUAUACUCUAUACAUGUAAAUAACUCUUGUUGUGUACAUCAGCUGCACAUAUGCACUAUUACUGUUUUCCUUCCUUAUAUAUGUGUGGUGA